GUGUAUGCUGGAUGACCACCCCCUGUGAUGUAAAAUAUGAGAGUCUGGGAGCUACCGUUUUAUAAUUCAUCAGGUUCAGCAACUGAAUGUUGUUGGUUGGCUUAGUUAUAAAGGCAAGUGUGAACCGAACAGCAGACAGGAACAUCUCACAUUAAGAAUCCUACGAAGCUGCGUUUGGUGACUGGGCUCUGCUUUUGUUCAAGUGAAUUCAGUCCUCGAGUACGCUCGCUUUGAGGCAAAAAUCCAUGACCUGCGUGAGCAGAUGAUGAAUCACAGCAUGAGUUCUGGGUCUGGCUCCCUGAGGACUAAUCAGAAGAGGUCACUGUAUGUCAGAGCCAUGUUUGACUAUGACAAAAGCAAAGACAGUGGCCUCCCAAGCCAAGGACUGAGUUUUAAGUAUGGAGACAUCCUUCAUGUCAUCAAUGCCUCAGACGAUGAAUGGUGGCAGGCGAGGAGGGUCACUCUGGAGGGAGACAGUGAGGAGAUGGGAGUUAUACCCAGCAAGAGAAGAGUUGAAAGAAAGGAGCGUGCACGUUUGAAGACGGUGAAAUUCAACGCGAAACCUGGUGUAAUUGAUGCAAAAGGGGACAUCCCCGGAUUAGGUGACGACGGUUAUGGAACAAAGACUCUGAGAGGCCAGGAAGACUGCAUCCUUUCUUAUGAACCUGUGACAAGGCAAGAAAUUAAUUACACCAGGCCAGUUAUUAUUCUGGGUCCUAUGAAAGAUCGGAUCAACGAUGAUUUGAUAUCUGAAUUCCCCGAUAAGUUUGGGUCAUGUGUACCACAUACCACACGGCCAAAGCGAGACUAUGAAGUGGAUGGGAGAGAUUAUCAUUUUGUCAUUUCAAGAGAACAAAUGGAAAAAGAUAUCCAAGAGCACAAAUUUAUAGAAGCUGGGCAGUACAAUGAUAAUUUAUACGGAACUAGUGUCCAGUCUGUGAGAUUCGUGGCAGAAAGGGGCAAGCACUGUAUACUUGAUGUGUCAGGAAAUGCUAUCAAACGACUACAAGUUGCACAACUCUAUCCCAUUGCUAUCUUUAUUAAACCUAAAUCAUGGGAGCCUCUGAUGGAAAUGAAUAAACGUCUUACAGAGGAGCAAGCAAAGAAAACCUACGAUCGAGCAAUUAAAUUAGAACAAGAAUUUGGAGAAUAUUUCACAGCUAUUGUCCAAGGAGAUAGCUUAGAAGAUAUAUAUAAUCAAUGCAAACUUGUAAUUGAAGAACAAUCUGGGCCUUUCAUCUGGAUUCCUUCAAAGGAAAAAUUAUAAAUUAGCCACUGCACCUCUGAUUACAACGGGAGAAUAUUUAGAAGAAAAUUAUAAUAUACUAUUUGGAGGCUUUCCUGUUUUUGUUGCAUUUAUGUUCUUUGCAGUCAAUGUGAAUUUUGAUGAAUGUACAACACAAAGUGUUUGAAGCCAUGAAGGACACUGAUGGGUCAAAGGGUAGGAACAAAAAGACUUCUACCAUAUAAAGCAAAUCUGUUUUGUGCUCAGAGCACCAGUUGUAGGUAUAAACUUUUGACAUGGAGACCCUCUGUCAAGGGGAGCUAGCCACCUCCUGUGCCCAUGCGGACAUUUUGAUCGAUUUCAAUGGCUGAGCUCAGUGUUUUGAUUGCUUUAAAGAGAAGUUCCCAGCUCUUGAACCUCAUAUAGGGCUUGAUCCUGCAAGGCGCUCAGCACUUGACCCCAAUUCCUACACGAGUAGCCUGUUGACUUGGAGUCACUUGUGAUCCUUCCCUAUGCUGUUCAGUCCCAUCAGUUCCAGUAGGACUAUUCAUGUGCUCAAAGCUAAGCACAGGCUUAAGCGUUUUUGCUAGAUCAGGGCCAUACGCACCUUGCAAAAUCAAGCUCAGAGUACUUGGUCCACUUCUUACUGAGGUCACUGUUAGGAUGCUCUGUGACUUGACUGGGAGGUGGGUCCUUUUCUAAGCUUGUCAUUGCACAUUUGUAGUUGGUACACCUCGACUUUGGUAACUAUGCACAUCUUUUGAUUUCUGAAACCAAGUCAAGCAUUGCUUUUUUUCCCCUUUGGAAACACUGUUUUAUCAGGAACUAAUAACAAUAUGGUUCAUUUUAAUGGCGUUUGGGGGUGGGAGAGGAUGGAAGCAUUUCACAUCACACGUAUAUGCACACAAACAUAUUCCCAUGCGGACACACACAUGUAUGAGGAUUCACAGCACCUAUGUUGACAAGGAGGGAUACAACUGGGAAAAGCUUUAAAACUUUUGAUUGUCUAUUUUAUCAUUUUUAUUGCUAGAAGGCACUUAAAGAUGGAAUAAUUUAUAAAAAUAAAAAUAUAUUGAUGUAUAGAAAC